AUGACGCUUCAUCCAACAAAGUCAAAUAUAGCAGCUACUGCGCAAGCUAGGAGUGAUGAGGAUGUAACCGAUUUCACUAAUGCACCCAAAGUCCCUGAUCAAUUUGCAGACGAGAGUUUCAAGCUGUUCUCCAAGAUCCAAGUCACGGACCCUACACCCGAAGAAGGCUAUCAGAUCAGAAAGAAGUGUCUAUGGCGGAUCUUACCUUUCCUCUGUAUCGGAUAUCAUCUGAUGUAUGUAGAUAAGCAAACAUUAGGGAGUUCUGCCAUCCUUGGUAUUAUGAAGGAUGCACAUCUGAAUUCAAACCAGUACAACUGGCUCUCAUCGAUAUUCUACUUUGGUUAUCUCCUGGCAGAAUGGCCUCAGAAUUGGGCUUUGCAGAGGUUUCCAGUGGGCAAAUGGUUGGCUGGAAAUUUGAUCGUUUGGGGCGGUAUCACUCUCUUACACAUUCCGUGUAAUAGCUUUGCCUCUCUGUUCGUUGUGCGCUUCUUUCUAGGGCUAGCGGAGGCAUCAAUUGUCCCAGCGUUUCUGCUUUCCAUGUCAAUGUUCUUCACCUACGGCGAACAGGCCGUGAUGAUGCCUAUUAUGUGGUCCAUUGGCAAUGCAAGCCCUAUCACAUCAGGUCUAUUGUCUUAUGGUGUUCUAUGGAUCAAUACUGGAAGCUUUUCGCCCUGGAAAUGGUUCAUGGUUAUCACCGGCGUUCUCACCAUUAUCUUCGGUUUCUUUGUUUACUGGCUAUUCCCAGACAGUCCUCUCCACGCUGAUUUCUUGACGUACGAAGAGCGUGCAAAGGCCAUUCUACGAAUCAAAGAAAAUCAUUCUGGCAUCGAGCAAAAGCUUUUCAAGAGAUACCAAUUCAUUGAGGCUAUCCGCGAUCCGAAGACGUGGAUGUUCUUCCUUCAUGCAUGGUCUCAAGAAAUGGCCAAUGGAAUAACCAAUCAGUAUUCUCUGAUCAUCAAUUCCUUCGGGUUUACUGUGCUUCAGACAACCUUGCUGGGCACUGUGACCGGGGUUGUAUCUUUCUUUUCCUUGGCAUCCGCUGCGAUUGCACUAUAUCACACCAAGAAUUGCCGGGCCUGGAUAUCGCUCAUUGCAUAUAUCCCAGGUGCAUUGUCGAGCAUUCUUCUACUAGCUCUACCCUGGUCAAACCGAUGGGGUCUCAUCAGCGGGGUCUGGAUACGAUCCACGACUGGGAUACCCUAUGCGGUGGUAAUGAUUUGGGCCGCCAAUGCCUCCGCAGGACAUACGAAGAAAACCACCGUGAUUGCUCUAUACCAUAUUGGCUAUGGGUUGGGAAAUAUCAUUUCGCCCCAGCUAUUCCAACCUCGCUGGAAGCCUCGGUAUCGGCCUACUUGGAUUAUUCUACUUGUGGUUGCUGCAAUUUUGCCAUCGAUUGUCAUCAUAACACUUCGAGUGUACUUGAGUCGAGAGAACAAACGCCGAGAUAAGCUCGAGGCAACCGACCAGGUGAAUGGAAAUGGGAUUAUUGAGACAACCGACGCAGACGGGGCUUUAGUAGCGCGAGUCGUGGACAAUAGCCAGAUGGAUCUGACCGACCGAGAGAACUUGACUUUCCGAUAUGUUCUCUGA